AUGAGCCUGGCGGAGGGCCGCGCCCCGCGGCGCACGGCCGGUAACCGGCUCUCGGGGCUGCUGGAGGCCGAGGAGGAGGAUGAGUUCUACCAGACCACCUACGGCGGCUUCACCGAGGAGUCGGGCGAUGACGAGUACAGGGGCGACCAGUCGGACAGCGACGACGAGGUGGACUCGGACUUCGACAUCGACGAGGGCGAGGAACCUGCCAGCGACCAGGACGAGAGCGAGCCCAAACGCCGCCGCCGCGUCGUCACCAAGGCCUACCGGGAGCCCCUCAAGAGCCUUCGCCCCAAGAAGACGGACGUCCCCAGCGGCAGCUCCCAGAAGCCCCGAGAGGUGAAAUCCAUCCCCUUGGAGCUCCAGGAUGAUGUGGGAGACAGCCGGAAGCACAUGCGGCAGUCAACGACAGAGCACACGCGCCAAACCUUCCUGCGCAUCCAGGAGCGGCAGGUCCAGUCCAAGCGUAAGAAGGGUGGCCCCAACUACGACCGGCCUCUGACGCAGGAGGAGCUGCUGGAGGAGGCCAAGAUCACGGAGGAGAUCAACCUCCGCUCCUUGGAGAACUACGAGCGCCUGGAAGCCGAUAAGAAGAAGCAGGUCCAGAAGAAGCGGAAGUGCGUGGGGCCCGUUAUCCGGUACUGGUCUGUCACCAUGCCCCUUGUCCCAGAGCCAGGCAAGGAGGAGAACGUGGACGUGGAGGGCUCCCUUGGGGUUUCCCCCUGCCCUGGGGGUCUCCUGGGUGCUGAUUGCGGCUUUUCCAGGUUGGACCAAGACCCGCAGCAGGCCGAAACAGCUCCAGCCCCGGCGCCGGCUUCUGCUGGGAAGUGCUCCCGCACCUUCAUCUCCUUCAGCGAUGACGAAACAUUCGAGCGCUUCUUCCCCAAAGCAAAACCACCACGGCUGCCGGUGCGGGAGAUCUGCCCCGUCACCCACAAACCAGCCGUUUACCGUGACCCCAUCACCGACAUCCCCUACUCCAACAUCCGUGCCUUCAAAAUCAUCCGGGAGGCCUACAAGAAAUACAUCACGGCGCACGGGCUGCCUAGCGCCGCCGCCUCCGCCGCCCUGGGGACUGCCGCUCCCCCCGGCCCCGACCCCAACGUCCGUCCCACCCGCCAGAAGAUCAUCAUCAAGCAGAGCGUCCCCACAACCUGAACGCCGGGGGUCUGCUGGGGGCUCGUGGCCGCUGCAGGUGGAGGCCUCUCCUCACUCCAA